UCUUUCAGCCAAAGGAAAUCGCGCCGGAGAAAGGAGAGGUGGAGAGAGAGCGCGAGAGGGAGAGGAAAGUUGGGCUGCUCGAGCGCUCCCGGAUUUCCACCUGACUGCUCGGGAAGCGGGACACUGGGACAGGCAAAAUGUUGAGUUUAGGGAGCGGAGGAGCGAAGUCCACUAAACCGUCAUUUGUGUCUUAUGUCACACCCGAGGAAAUAAAAUUGGAGAAAGACCCACCAAAGAAAGAGAAACAUCCUGAUUUGCUACCAGGUGAAGUGGAGUUCUGUAGCGCCAACCCCAUUCUCAAAUACACUCAAGAUGAUCUCUCCCAGCGUGGCGUCUUUGGCACAUUGUUCUGCACCAAUUUUCGUGUUACGUUCAUUAGUGAUGAGGCACCACAGGAGGAGACGGCCAAGACCUUUAAGAACAAACUCUACGGAGAAAAUGACAUCCCUUUAAUGUGUGUGGAUCACAUCUAUGGUGUUUAUGAUGAAAAGAAAAAACUGAUAACAGGAGGCCUUGUGAAGAACAAAUAUCCAUCUAAAAUGAUCAUUCACUGUAAAGACCUACGAGUCUUUCAGUUCUCUUUGACAUUCACUAAGGAGGAAGAUGCCAAAAAGAUCUUUCAGGGUAUUGCUCACCAUUGUUUGGAAGAGAAAUCUCUGAAAUGUGUCUUUGCCUUUUCCUAUAUGGGGACGCCAAGCCCAGAAAUGCCGCGGAGACAGGAGACAAUUAUGUUUGACUCAACAGAGGACUGGACCCAGGAAAUGAAACGGACAAAAGCGAACUGUAGAUUAGUCAUUGAAAAUGAGAACUUUGAACUCUCUCAAAGGUUACCGAAGUACUUUGUCAUCCCAUCAGCACUAGGAGAUUUAUUCAGCUACCAAGGAAAGGGAUUACCAAUUUGGUGUUGGUCUCAUCACAGCGGUUGUGCUCUCUUCAAAGCAUCUUUCCUGCCUGUGACACAGGAAGAUGGGGAUUUCCAAAAGCACUUGGACACAAUGAUAAAUGCAGUUGCACAUAAUUACCUUUACUCUGUAAAAACAGAGGACCUUUCAGAAUCACUUCCUAAUAUCCAAGACAUCCAACAGUCGUAUAACAAGUUUAAACAAUUCUUUCUUAUCGAAAAUUCAACUGAUUUUUGGUUGUCAGAUGUAAAAUGGUUCUCUUCCCUUGAAAGUUCAGGAUGGCUAGACAUUAUAAGACAAUGUCUCCAAAAAGCAGUAGAGGUGGUUGAAUGUCUUGAAAAGGACAACACAAAUGUUCUUAUCACAGAGGAAGAGGGAACAGAUCUGUGCUGUGUGAUCUCCAGUCUGGCUCAGAUAAUGCUCGACCCUUAUUACAGGACACUGAUAGGUUUCCAGAGUCUAGUGCAGAAGGAGUGGGUGGCUGGUUGCCAUGCCUUCCUGGAUCGAUGUAAUCACCCCCAUCAGAAAGACAAGGAGUGUCAUUCUCCAGUCUUCCUCCUGUUCCUGGAGUGCGUGUGGCAGCUUGUUCAGCAGCACAGCCCGGCGUUCCAGUUCUCCGAGACUUACCUGACUGUGCUGUCCGACAGUGUUCACGUGCCUAUCUUUAGCACCUUCCUGUUUAACUCCGCUCAUCACAGAGAAAGUUUUAUGAAGGCAGAGUCACAGCUUACACAAAGCGGCCCAUUGAGCUGCCCUACAGUGUGGGACUGGUCUGUGCAGUUUGACAGCAGGGCCCAGAAUUUCUUCUUUAACCCCCUGUAUUCAGAAAAGGUGAAACAAGAGAAAGUCGUACGCAGACCUCACAAGCCGAAGCACCAAAGACAGUUGUCCUUACCCAGCACAGCUUUCAAAACCCCACUGAAGAAAGGUUUCUUUAAGGACGAGACCGACAGUCUUAAAAAGAUGCUGCGUGUGAAGCGUCUGAGUCGCUGGAUGGGGUCUCCAGACUCCCCCGCCGCCACCACCCGAGAGUUCUACGAGUCCUGGCAGCACCGUCCCCUGGACUACCACGGCCUCCUGCUCCCCUGCCUGGACGGACCGGCUGUCCGCGUCUGGAUGCAGCGUUACCUGCGCUGGAUACCUGAGCUGUACAUCUUGGGCGGAGGCUCUGUGGCCGUCAUGACCAAGCUCAUGGAACUUCUGAAUCAGGUGCAGGAUCUGAAGCGUGUGCUGGAGCAAAGAGACUCGUCGCAAGCUGCUAAACUUGAUCACCGUCCAUACAUUCAGCACCGGCUGCUCUCGUUCGGCUCCUCGGGACGACUGUCAUCCUCAUUUCCCUUCGCUUACACCCGCAACCGAUCUUUCAAGCCCAUCAUUCCUACUGGUCUGAUGCAGAGCCUUAUGUUAACUGAUAGUCUAGCCAGUCAGGAGGAUGAGGCCAGUUCGGUUGUGAGUUUUGUUUAACAGAGAGUCUUUUUCGCAUAUAAAACAUUCGUCCAUUUAUUAUUAAAUUAUAAUAUUGUGAGGUAAAUACGGGAUUAUAGUUGCCUUGUCAGAUUCAGAUUAGGUGCUUAAAGUGCCUUUGGUGCUAAAGCGUGUCCUAUUGUAAAGUAAAACAGGCUUUUGUCAAACCACAUGUGCCCUACUGUAUCGAAAACCUAACAUGAGCCUUCGAACAGGAUGUAAGCUCUUUUAUUUUUGAUGUUCUUAACGGAACAAUAACUAGAAAUGUUCUCUUGCUCAUCACAAAACAGGAACAGGACGUAACCCUGAGCCUCCAGGCUUUCCAUAGUGCUGCGUUACAUAAAAUCAUUACCAGGUAACAUUCCAAACAGUAUUCCAUUCCGGUGGUCUAUGAAUGGAUGAAAUUAUUCUGAAUGAUAGCAGCCGUUAUAAGAGUUACAGAUAUGCGUGUCUCCUAACAUGUUACUGUACUCAGAGGGCUGGAAAAAGGCCUUAAAGCAUGUUUCUGUAUCUAAAGAAGGUUAGCCAAGGAAAAUAGUGUGGAGCCAUCUGCAGGGAUAUUAUUGUUACUGCUGCAUUUAAAAAUGUAUUGAAGAUUACAUUAUAAUUACUGUGGUCCAAUGUGACUGCUCAUUUAUUUCCCUAGAGGCCAAGUUAACCCUAAUAAAUGUUAAUAAAUUAAUUAGGUUAAUAUUUUUUUUCCUAAAGAAAACGUAAAACAGGAAGUAGGAACAAUACAUGAGAUCAGCUGUCCCAGAAGUUCAGUGCUUUAUUGCGUGUAAACCGUGGGGCUGUCUCAUCCAGUCACAGGUUGGCUCUUAACACGAUACAAGCGUCUGCAAAUAUAAUUAUUCAAACAUAAGCUGAUGCUGUAUCUGCAUUUGUGCACAUUUUCUUCUUUUCCUUUCUGAGGUGCCUGUAGGACUUCUGCCAUAAAUCAACAAGCACUUCAUUCAAAUUGUGUUUUUCAGCAUUUGAAAUGUAAUGAAACUGUUAUUUGCUGGCAAAUUUUGUUUUUGUUUACAGCUUUUUCACCCUCGUUUUGCACUACUGCUCCUUGCCAGUCGAUCACUGUUACUUGAACAGUCAGCUGUAAAUCUGAUUCUGUUCACUUCAGUUCAGUUCAGCACUUCUGUUGUGUAUAGCAAGUGACUGCAAGCUGGAUUUUGAAACGAUUACUGAACUUAAUACUGUACAAUUGUUUUGUAUUUUGCUAUAACCAACUUUUAAUGUUCACGUUCAGAGUUUGACCUUGAAAUAUAUGAUGUCGGAUUGUUUUAUUUUGGACCAUUGACUUCAAAGUGAUAAUUGUGAUGUAAAAGAAGCAUUAAAUACCUUUUAUAUAUGCACUUGAAAAAAUGCUCCCCCCCAGAAUAUGAUUGAAAUAAAAGAUGUUUUGCAAUCAUCA